ACGUAUUCAAAAUGAAUUAUUAUGUUUAAAGGAAUAUCAACAGUUGAUUGAAACAAUUCAACAGCAAAUCAAGGAUUCGAUUCAAACAGGACAGACACGAUUAAUGAUUGCAGUCGGCUGCGAACAAGGGCAACAUCGCUCGGUAGCCGUAGUUGAACAUUUCGAUAAAAGAUCACGAAAAACAUAUUCAAACAUUGAUAAACAACAUCGAGACUUAUCGAGACUAAAUCAAACAAAGCAAAAACAGAAAGAUCGACGGGGAAGUCGAGAGAAGAAAUAUAACUGUCACGCUGAUGAAUAA